AUGCUUCCAACACCAUGUACCUCCCACGUUUCCUUUGACACCAUCUACGAACCGUCCGAAGACUCCUACCUCUUUCUCGACACGCUCUCCUCCGAGUCCGAGUCAACAUGGCUCUCAAAUCGCUUCAACAGCACACCCACUACAGCACCGGCCAAUAACACACAAAGCACAUCUACAUCACCUCUAGUCGUCGAAGUCGGGACCGGUUCGGGCGUCGUUCUGGGCUUCGUAGCCGCCAAUUCGCAGUUGAUAUUUGGUCGACGGGAUAUCCUUGCUCUGGGGACGGAUGUGAAUCGGAAUGCUUGUUUAGCAACGCGGGAGACAGCUGUUAAGGCGGUUCGUGAACAACAAACACCGGCAUCAGAGUCAGUACCAACAGCAAAAACACCAUACAUCGCUUCCAUAAUGUCCGAUCUUUGUACACCUCUCCGACCAGGGAGCGUCGACGUUCUCCUUUUCAAUCCCCCCUAUGUCCCGUCAGAAGAAGCACCCCGGUUGCCCACCGUGACAGAACAAGAAGACAAGAAGGACCUGUCACGAUCAGCCAAAUUUGAGCAGGACUCGUACUUUCUAUCUCUGACGUAUGCCGGUGGUGUCGACGGAAUGGAAACAACUGAUCGGCUUUUAGAGGCGAUCCCGGGAAUUCUGGACCCUGUGCGUGGAGUUGCGUAUGUUUUGCUCUGCAAGCAGAAUCGGCCGGAGGAGGUUAAAGACAGGAUUCGGGGGUGGGGAAAUGGAUGGAAGGCUGAGACAGUUGGGAAUAGUGGUAAGCAGGCGGGGUGGGAGAAGUUGGUAAUUGUGAGAGUAUGGAGGAGUGAGUAG